AUGAAGGGGAAAGGAACGAAAAGGGAAUCUUCAUCCUCCAAUUUGGAUUCCCAGGAACCUAGAAUGGACAUCAAGUCCAUCCUGAAAGAUAUUGAAUUUUUGGGUUCCUCACAUAUGACAUGGAAACAGAUAAAGGACUUGGAGAAUAAGAAGGUAGUGUCACUCAGUGGAAAGAGAGCUAUACUUGGAAGGUUUGGAGCCUACAGUAGCAGUAGUUCCAAGAAGGUGCCAGAGAGGAAACCAGCAGAAGACAGAGUUCUAAAUUCGAUGCAAGACGAUUUCAGAAAGGGAGUUCUCAACGUCGGGUAUCUGUUGAAGCCCUCAGCCCCUGAAGCCUCUAACUACAAGGGCAGGCACCCUACAGGUAAAGGGAAGAAGAAGAAGAAGAAAGAUGGCAAGAAAAGUCAUGGCAAGAGAAAGGGUGGUGGUGGUAGUGGUUGUCGUAAGAGGCGUCACUAG